AUGGCAGAAGAAGUGACGGGGGUACUUUGUACCUUUAAGGGCUGCAGACUUAGUUUCGACUCCGUCAGCGAGAUGCAACACCAUAAGGCCAAUGCGGACAAGCACUCUUACUGCAUGAAAUGUGACCUCGACUUCCAGUCUCAGCAGACCCUCCAUCUGCACAAGAUUAUGAGCGACCGUCACUUUGCCUGCCCUGAAUGCUGUCUUGAGCUCCGCAGCGAGGCUGGUCUGGAAGUUCACAUGAGAAACAACCACCAUGAAGGUCGCGAAAUCGCUUGCAUGGGCUGUGGUUGCAAGUACAAGUCCGCUUCUGCCGUCAUCAAACAUAUCGAAGACAAGGAAUGCCCUGUCCUUUCCCUGCCAGAAAAGUCCCUCGAGGGGACCAACUAUGACCUGCACGGCGCAACAAGCGUUUUGACCAUGGGCAGAGACUCUCCUGGAGCGCAGUACCCGCCCUCUGAUAGCUCCAGCGAGGACCCGGAUACAGAUGGUGGCGUUUUACUGGAUAUCUCUACACCCCGUAUGGAAGGAAAGCGCCCUGCUCGCGAUACCGACGAUGCAAUUAAUCCUCAUGAUAACUGGCCCGAUCUUGGCGCUCCAGUGACGCCAGGAAAAGGACAAGGAGGAAGUAGCUCCACUGAAUCGCCCGGCGGUGUUCUCCUCGAUGAUAUUGUCGGUACCCCAAUGCUCGAGGACAAUCCUUUCCUGUCUGCUCAUGGGGCUACUGAGCAGUUGAGCGAGGCAGGACCUUCUGGGUCUACGCUGACUGUCCAAGGAGCGGGCCCUUCGAACUAUGUUAAACCAACUCGUUGCCGAGCCACAGCUCACCGCAUGAUCCAAGGUGUGGACCCCGAGAGCUUCUGGAACCAGGAGAAAUCUCGCUACUACUGCAACUGCGGUUCGUCUUUCUUGUACGUCAGCACGUUCGAGUAUCAUCUUACGAUGGAGGAUGAAACAAUCAACGACUGCCCUCGAUGCUUCAAACGAUUCAGGACCCUCGCCGCACUCGUCGCGCACAUGGAAGCUCGAUGGUCUAAGUGUGCUUUCCGCGUGAGCACUGGCCAAAUUGAACAGGAACUCAGUGAGGUUACUCGUGGCUUUGCCGAUAUUCCGCAGACGAUUGGUGAUGGAAUGGAACCAGGGGAGAUCGCUUUCGAUGUGAGUAGCCAGCCUGAGCACAAUACUCCCGGUUCUUCGGAUGCAGGCACUCCACCCAUGAGAGCAGGUGGUGUCUUUUCGAACCCCGAGGCCGUCUCUUCAAAUGGAGAUGACGUCUAUUCCAACGCAGAUGAUGUCUCUUCGAAUGUAGAGGCUGUAUCUUCCAAUGCCGGGCCUGUGUCUUCCAAUGGAGGAGCCGUGUCUUCUUAUGCAGGGGCCCCUUCCUCAAAUAUGGACUCGCUAGUGGAUGAUCUGGAGGGACUUGUCUUUUCCGAUACGCACGACGAAGACGAUACGCACGACGAAGAUGACACGCACGACGAAGAUAAUACGCACGACGAAGACGACGAGGAAGAACUUUGA